AUCAGAACAUAACCUCAAAACUUUGAAAAUUGAAAAGUAAACAUACUUUUAACCCAUGUUGUGCUACUACAACAAUUAGCUAUGCGAAGAUUUUUCGUGUCGCCUAAUUUGCGAGGUGUACUGAACAAUGUUCGGUUUGUUUCAAAUUCUGAUUCCAGUGAAUCUAGUGUCACCGAUUUCUUAGAUAAGAAUGAAGAGUAUGAUUCACUUGCUAGUCGAUACCUGGGACAGUCCAGCUAUAACUGUUUUAUAAUUCAUCCAUAUGUAAAAUGGGGUCCAGAUAAAAUUAGAGAUACAACACCUUCAAAUCAACUUCAAGAGGCAGUCGCAUUAAUACGUACGUUAUCUUCGUGGAAGGUUAUCGAUACCUCUAUAGCACCCCUUACAAGUUUUCAAAAAAAAAUGUUUUUCGGAAAAGGAACUUUGGAAAAAUUGAGGUCACAAAUAAGAGGAAACCCUAAUGUGACUGCGGCAUUUAUAAAUGUUGCUACAUUGAGGAAUUCCCAUUUGACAGAGUUAGAAAAUGAGUUCGGUGUGACAAUUUUUGAUCGAUACAAUAUUGUUAUGCAAAUACUAAGAAUGCACGCGAUAAGUACCCAUUCAAGAUUACAAGUAUCUUUAGCCGAAAUCCCGUAUUUACGGGCAAGAAUUCGUCAUGACAACGUGGGUGUUGUGACAGGUGAACAUUAUGACACCAGAAGAAUUAUGUUACAAGAUAGAGAGAAACAAAUAAAGUCUGCCAUCAAAAAGCUAAAAUCUCAAAGGCAACUUUUGAGGAAUCGUCGAACUACAAUGGAUUUCCCUGUUGUCUCUGUCAUCGGUUAUACUAAUUCAGGGAAAACUUCUUUAAUUAAAGCACUGACAGGAGAAGAGAAAAUGCAACCACAAAAUCAAUUAUUCGCAACCUUAGAUGUAACCUUUCACGCCGGACAGUUACCUUCUAAAUUGAAAGUUUUGUACGUCGACACAGUGGGGUUUAUUGCUGAAAUUCCAACGUCUCUAAUAGAAUGUUUCAAUGUCACAUUGGAAGACGCAAUGAUAGCGGAUGUAAUAUUACAUGUCGUUGAUUUAUCAAGUCCUGACUUGCAACAUCAAGAAAACCAUGUUUUAAAAACUUUAGAAAGCCUAGCGAUGAACAAUAAUUUUGAAAGCUCUUCGGAUAAAAUUAUUACAGUGGGUAACAAAUGUGAUUUGGUAGCAAGUUGUAAGGGAAAUAUGAUACCGGUUUCAGCAACGAAGCAUUUAGGGUUAGAUGUACUUCAGCAAGAAAUUGAAAAUGCAGUGCUGAAAGCCACUGAUCGAAAGAUAGUUGUCAUGAAAGUACCAUCAGGAGGAGAUGAAAUGAGAUGGCUGUAUAAGAAUGCAGUUGUCUUGGAUGUUUCUGCAGAUCAACAUAAUAGUGACUUUCAACAAAUGAAGAUAAUUGUAACUAAAGUAAAACUAGAUCAAUUUAAGAGUUAUUUUAUUGAAAAUAAAUGUUAACAUCAACACA